AAAAUGGCGGCUCUAGGCGAACCUGAACGGGACGCCGGGCUAACAUUUUGAGCUUUCACACCCGAAAAGACACGGGGGCUUCAAGGGGUCACUGCACCAUUUUAAUCCUCGCCGGUUCAGCUUUGCGGCGGUACCGCUUUCGCUCGCGUUCGUGCAGGCUAAGCAGACGCAAACAUUGGGAGCGUAAAAUAAUAGAUUUCGCCUAUCAUGAGAGGGAAAAGGGGCAGGCCGCCCAAACCGCUACAAACCGAGGAGCCAUCUCCAGCUGCGGCCCGGGGCUUGCGACCUAGGAGGAAUCUGAAGCCCAGGCUGAGGGACAGCGGAGACGAGGACGCCGAGAGCCCCACAAGGGAAACCGUAAAGACGCAGAGAAAGAGAAGAGGGGGCUCGUCAACACGGGGCAGGGGACGAGGCAGAGGAGGUGUUGGUAGUGGUGGUGGUGGCGGCAGAGGAGGCAGAGGUGGCCGUGGAGGAAGGCGGACGGCUGCGUCCAAAGCGGUGGUGUACGACGACCACGAGAGCGAGGAGGACGACGAUGCUGUCAGCCUGAGGUCGGAGGAAGAUGAGUUUAUUGAGGAGGAACCUCAAUCCGAGGAGGAAGAGGCCCUCAAAGAGGACUCUGACUGCCUGGAAGAUGACAUGCUGGACGAAGAGGAGGAGGAUGGUGCCAGCUACUGCACAGAGAGUAGCUUUCGGAGUCAGAGCACACACGCCAGCACUCCGGGGAGGAAAAAAGCGCGAGCUCCCCGACCCCGAACUCCCGUUCUUGAAGAAAAGGAGAUCCCUUCUGUUCAGCUUCCCGACACCUCUGAGGACCUCCUGGUGCUUAAUGAGGAGUUGCUCAACGCCAUCUCCAUCUAUGAGGUGCUGCGGAACUUCAGCACGGUGCUGCGUCUCUCCCCAUUCCGCUUUGAGGACUUCUGUGCAGCACUGGUAGGCCAGGAGCAAUGCACUUUAAUUGCAGAGACCCAUAUUUCUCUGUUGAAGGCCAUCCUGCGUGAGGAGGACUCCUCCAACACUACCUUUGGCCCUGCCGACCUCAAGGACAGUGUCAAUUCCACUCUGUACUUUAUAGAUGGCAUGACGUGGCCUGAGGUGUUGCGGGCGUACUGCGAGAGUGAUGUGGAGUACCAUCAUGUUCUGAAAUACCAGGAGGUGGAUGAUUACCCCUAUGGCCCUCUUGAAAGUAAGAUUAAGGUGCUACAGUUUUUGGUGGACCAGUUCCUCACCACCAACAUCGCCCGCGAGGAGCUUAUGUCUGACGGCAGCAUGCAGUAUGACGACCACUGCCGCGUGUGUCACCGCCUGGGUGACCUCCUGUGCUGCGAGACCUGCUCAGCAGUCUACCACCUGGAGUGUGUGAAACCACCACUAGAGGCGGUUCCAGAGGACGAGUGGCAGUGCGAGAUUUGUGUGGCACACAAGGUGGCCGGUGUCACAGACUGCGUGCCUGAGGCACAGAAAUGUAGGCCCUACAUCCGCCAGGAGCCCAUUGGAUAUGACCGCCACCAGAGAAAAUACUGGUUCCUCAACAGAAGGAUUAUUGUUGAGGAGGACGGAGAGCAUGAGAAGAAAAAGAUCUGGUACUACAGCACCAAGGCUCAGCUGGAGGAGCUCAUGGAGUGCCUGGAUAAGGAGUACUGGGAGACGGACCUGCAUGCAACCCUUGAGGAGAUGAAGGAGGAAGUGCAGGCUCACAUGGACAUCACAGAGGACCUUACCAACAAAGCCCGUGGAAACAAUAAAGCCUACCUCACUGCGGUCAAUGAAGUUGUCGUGGAGCGUUUGAAGGUCAGGAGGGAGGCACGGGAAGCGAAGAGGCGAACAGAGGAGCCGAAGCAGGAAGCAGAUAGAGGUUCUGUAAAUACAGCCGAGGGCACUGCUGAGUCCACUUCACAGCACAACAAUGGAGAGAGCAAACCUGCUGAGCCAAUGGAAGAAGCUGCUUCACAAGCAGCUACCGUUCCCCCUGCUGCAAAAGAGAGCUGCACGUCAGCUCUCGACCCCGGCUCUGCCGCACUGGACGCAGCCGCGCCUAAAACAGGAUCCCUUGAAUCAAACAAGGAAACACAAGCUGCUCAGGAGAGCAGGGGGUCCGCUCCGGUGGCAGAGCAGGAAAGGACAGACGAGGCCUCGAAAGCGGAGUCUAGCGGCGAAGUCGGGCAGCCUGGUGACUCGCAGCCACCCCCGCAAAAUCAACCCCAACAGCCGCAGUCGUCUCAGCCAGAGGCAACAGACAGCAGCAGCCGGGUUCCUGGAUCAGUGAGUCCGAAGAAACCCGAACCACCUGACCUGGUCGACAGGUCUUCUCAGUCCUCUUUUACCAGCCAGGAUGGGACAGAGGAGUAUAAUGAAAGGGUCAAGAAUGAGAGAGCAGCAACGCGGGAAUCGAAUAACCAUACGCCCAGAAGCAGCAAGGAGUCCUCACCUGUUCGCUCUGAUGUCGAGUCUGUACGGCUCAGCUUCCUGAAAAGGGACCUGACAGUGAAUUUGAACAACUUGUUUAAACUGGGCCAAGAGGGGAAAUACAGGGUUUACCAAAACCAGUACAGCACCAACGUCCUGGCCCUCAACAAACAUCAGCACCGGGAGGACCACGACAAGAAACGCCACCUCUCCCACAAGUUCAGCUUGACCACCGCCUCGGAGUUCAAAUGGAACGGCUCGAUCUACGGUUCGAGAAGCCUGACCAUCUCCACCCUGCGUCUUACCAUCAUCCAGCUGGAGACAAACAUCCCCGGACCGUUUAUGCAUCCUAACUGGGCAUCGCACAGGACCAACUGGAACAAAGCGGUGCAGAUGUGCAGCAAGGCCAGAGAAUUUGCUUUGGCCUUGGCUAUACUGGAGUGUGCCAUCAAACCAGUGGUUAUGCUGCCUGUAUGGAAAGAAUCUCUUGGACACACGAGGCUACAUCGCAUGACCUCCAUGGAGCGGGAAGAGAAGGAGAAGGUGAAAAAGCGGGAGAAAAAACUGGAGGAUGAGGAAACGCUGCAGCAGGCCACGUGGGUGAAGUACACCAUCCCCAUCAAACACCAGGUGUGGAAGCAGAAAGGGGAGGAGUACAGAGUGACGGGGUAUGGUGGUUGGUGCUGGGUCAGUAGGACCCGCGUGGCACGUUUUGUUCCAAAGCUACCAGGAAACACAAACGUGAACUACCGCAAAGAACUGGAGGCAGCUAAAACGAGGAAAGAAAAUGCAGCAGAUUGCACAAACAAGCAGAAAAUGCCAAUGCAAACGGAGAAGCAGACAAUUCAGAACACAGCAGACGAGGGCAGAGAACAAGCAUCCGUCACGGAGUCAUCUCAGAGCGCGCCGUCAGAGGGGGACCACAAACCAGAGAACUCCAAAGAGGAAGAAAAGCCUGCAGGAGAGGAGCAGGGAAAAAAUUCUGAAGCGAAAAGAGAAGGUGAGAAAACGGAGGUUGAACCCUGCCCUGAAACUGAUUCUUCAAAUGUCAAGCAAGAUAAAGCUGAUAGCAAAGGCCCUUCCUCACCUGCUGCACAGCCCAUAAGGGACGAGCCAACCCAGAAACUUGAGCAACCCAAGAAGGAGGAGCCCGCAACGUCAAAACUCUUCUCUGACGUUGUCAAUGUCAGUGAGGGCUUCCAGCUGCGGACGGCUUAUAAGAAGAAAGUAAAGCCUUCCAAGUUGGAUGGGCUCCUGGAGCGCCGGGUGAAGCAGUUCACCUUGGAGGAGAAGCAGAGACUCGAGAGGUUGAGACAGGCAGCCCUGUCGUCCAAAACGGCUGUCGCAAAACCCGCUCCUGUUAUUAAGACUGAAGGAUCAGUCAAACAGCAGCCAGCUACGACCCCGUGUGUUAAAGUAGAAGAGAAGGAGGAGACUCUACAAGUGAAAGAUGGCGUGGUUAAAAAGCUCGACUUUGAUCAGGAGCACGUAAAUACAAACAUGCACGGCCUGGAUGUCAAAUCGGAGGCAGCAGGACCCGACAGCAGUAAACAGAUGGAGGUAAAUUCUGUGCAUGGAAACAGCGAGGAGGCCUGUGCACGUAAAGAAGUGAAUGGAGAACCUUUAGCAAACACUGACCUUAACAAUAAAAACAACUGUAUAACAGAGACAGUAGAAAACAGUGAAAAAACCCAGAAGUCAGAGACUUCUAAGAAACGUUCCUAUGAAGAAGUUGAGAAAGACAACGAACCGAGCGAAAGAGAGAGCAUGGAAGUAACCCAAAGCAAGACCAGUCCACUACAGGUGAAUGGAAAAACUCUGGUCGCAGACCCAAACGUGAACUCAGACCCGUCCACUCGAGACCAAGGUGAUGCCAAAGAGCCUGUCAAGUCUCUGAUGAAUGGAAACCUCUCACAAAAUGAUGCAUCUGAUAUAUGUCACCCACCUCCUAUGAAAGUCCCAAAAUUAGAGAACCAUGUUGGAGAGAAAGAAGACUCUGUGAGUAAGAGUGAGGAUGUGGCCAUGGACACUAAGGGGACAGUACCUGCUAUGCUUCAGUCCUCAAGCCCUUCUUGCCAGAAUAAUAAAAGUACAGAUAGUUGCUCUAGUGGUGAAGGUUUGAAGUCCUCUGUCACCACUGACGUCUCCAUGAAAGAGUCUCAGAAUGCCCUGACACCAGACACAUCCAGCAGCACUAGUAAGCCUGAUGUGCCUGCAGCAAGUAGCACAGUUCCCACCUCAACCCCCCAGCCUAGCUCUGGAGCAGCCGUGCCCCAGAAGACAAAACUUCCAGCUGCUGACACCAAAAUGGGCCCCUCUGGUUCAGCCGGCUCCAUGACCAUAAGCAAAGAGUAUUCCACCAAAGACAGAGUCAGCCUUCUCAGGUUCUCCAAAACCAAGAAGGCACGCUCAGGCACAGCCCUGCCAUCCUACCGCAAAUUUGUUACCAAGAGCAGCAAGAAGAGCAUCUUUGUCCUCCCGAACGAUGACCUGAAGAGGCUGGCGAGGAAGGCGGGCUUCAGAGAAGUUCCUAUCUUCAACUACGGUGCCAAGUCUGCUCCAGAUAUAUGGCCAUACCCUUCACCUCGGCCCACCUUUGGGAUCACGUGGAGGUACCGUCUCCAGACUGUGAGAUCGCUGGCAGGGGUCAGUCUGAUGCUGAGGCUGCUGUGGGCCUGCCUGAGGUGGGACGACAUGGCUGUGAAGCCCUCUGCUGCUGUAGGGACUACUCGAAAAGAAACGACAGAGACGGACAUCACCACGACGGAGAUAAUCAAACGAAGAGACGUGGGGCCUUACGGCAUCCGCUCAGAAUACUGCAUCAGGAAGAUCAUCUGCCCCCUUGGAAACAGAGACACUCCCAAAGAAACUCCCACUCCACAGAGGAAGGGCCUGCGCUCAAGUGCUCUGAGGCCUAAGAAGCAGGAACCCACUAAACUGACUGGGCCUGUUGCUGUGGAGACAUGGGUUCCUGAAGAGGAACUGGAGCUGUGGGAGAUCAGAGCCUUUGCAGAGAGAUUGGAGAGGGAGAAGUCACAGGGCGGUGAUCCCUCCAAGACCGGCAGUAGCCUGAAGACGGCAGAGGAGGUCAAGGCCCAUUUGGAGAACCAGCUGAAGCAGGCCAGACUGGCAGCCCAGCAGAAACGUCUCGAGCAGCAGAGACCGAGCACAACCGCCACCACCACCACCACAACGAGCACCACCACCUCAGCCAGCACUCCCAGCACCCCGGUGUCCAUGGGCCAGAAGACAAGUCAAAUAACAUCUGGAACCAAGAUGGUCUUGGCCUCCAAACUGAGCUCUCCAGUGUCAUUCCAGCAAGACAAGAACUUCCAUCAGUCCUUUGCUUCCUGGGUCAAGCAGGGUCAGGCCAAUAACGGCUCAGGUGUAGUGCAGCAAAAAGUCCUGGGAAUUUUCCCCUCUGGGCCUCCUGCAAACCUUAGGACAUACAGCACACUACAUCCUACAACUGGCAACAUCAAUCUCAGAGCCACAUCCUCCACCUCAACUACCCAACAACAGGCCACCACAGCAGGAGGCCAAACACAGCCCGGCACUGCAAUGAACCAGCCGCUUACCCCGUCUAACUCUGUGGGCACCACAGGGGUCAGAAGUUCAGCAGCUCAGCAAGGUCAGGUUCAGCAGACUGUGGCUCAGAUGGGCCUUGGCCAACCUACAGCCACAGCUGUACCUGGUUCUACACCUGUGCCAGCAGCUUUGGGUCCAAGAGCAGCAGGUCCUGCACCAUCAUCGUGUGCACCCACCACAGCUCCUGGACAGUCCCCUGCAGCUCCUCCACAGACGCAAAGACCGCAGCAGGGUCAAGUCAAACUCACUAUGGCACAGCUUAUGCAGUUAACACAGAGUGCACAGGGGGGAAACCCAGGUCUGACGGUGGUGAUCCAGGGUCAAGGCCAGACCCAGGGACAGCUGCAAAUCAUCCCACAGGGUGUAACAGUAAUCCCUGGCCCUGGCCAACAAUUAAUGCAGGCAGCAAUGCCCAAUGGCCAGGUCCAGCGCUUCCUCUUCACUCCGAUUCCACCAUCAUCUUCAGCUACAACUUCAGCUCCUACUCCUGCUGCACCCAUAAAACCUGCCACAGUACAGACCCCUCAAACCCAGAUGUCAACGCCACUUCAAGCCAGAGCCUCUGCGCAAGUCCAGACAACUCCCUCGUCUUUAGCCCAAAUACAAAUGGCAGCCCCUUUGCCUGCCCCAACACAUGUUGCAGGCCCAACACAGAUGCCAAAUUUAGCCCCCACUCCAGCUUCCGUACCUGUGCAAACCCAAGUCACAGCCCCUGUGCCUGCUCCCUCGCAAGUUGUAGUCCAGGCCCCAUCUCAAACACACGUUUUAGCGGCCGCCCCAUCACCUGUCCCUGCACACUCGCAAAUAUCCACUCCUGUGCCUGCUUUGCCACAAGUUGCAACCCACUCCUCCACACAGGUGUUACUCUCCACACCAGCUUCAACUGCACAGCCCCAACUGGCAAGAUCUGUUCCAGCCCCAUCACAAAAUGCAGGCCCACCUAUGUCUCAGAAACAGGUUUUCACCUCAGCUCCUUCACAAGCUGAUGUCCAGCCCAUGGUCCAAACCUUUGCCUCCAGCCUCGCACCCAGUUCACUCCCUACACAAACCCAAACUGCAGUCUCGCUACCAGUCCCAGGGCAGUUUGUCCCCAAAUCCUUAGUCCAGGCACAUGCCUUCAGUUCUGCCCCAGGCUUAACCUCCUCCCCAGUCCAGGUGCAUCCCACUGCUCCAUCUCCUGCUUUAUCCCCUGUACCAAUCAAAGCCGUUCCUCAGGUUGCUGCUGCUGCAGCAGCCAGUCCUAACUCUGUUCAGAUGCCAGUUUCUGCCUCUCUUCCUUCACCUGUCCAAGUUCCAACCCCUGCCCUUGCACCUGUUUCUGCUCCCGUCAUAGCUGUCGUGUCCACUCAAAUCACUGUCCCACCCCCAGCCAGGGCUCUUACUCAAAUCCAAGCCACAGGUCUUGUUCCCCUUCAUGCUGCUGUGGCAAAUGCUGUUGUCACACCAGUCACUGCCACCUCAACGACACCUUCAGUGCCAGCUUUGACAGAGCAAAGGGCAACUCAGCCCCCAGGAUGGACUCCCACCUCACCUCAAGCGCAGACUCCAGUUCAGCCAGCUCUACAGGUAGCAGAUCCUAUUCAGCCACCUGCCCUGGCCGCUGUACCCGCCUCUGCCCCGAUCUCCACUCACUCCCCCAUUACUCCACUGCCUCAAUCAUCCCUGACUCCUCAGUCUCAAGCACAAGUCCAGCACCCUGUGGUCGUGUCCGUGCAGCAGGUGGCUCAAAUGCCAGUCUCAGCAGUGCAGGUUCAUAUGAAAGGAUUACCAGUCUCCUCUGUUGUGACCACCAUGAGACCCACUCAGCCUCAGCUUCAGCCCCAAACCCAUCCUCAGCUUCAAACCCCCUCUCAAGGCCAAAUCCAUGCACAGGUUCAGGUCCAGCAGAUGCCACACAUUCAGGCUCAAGCGCAUCUCCAAGCACAACCUCAAAGUCACCCACAGGUCCGAGUUCAGUUUCAGCCACGGCCACAGAUUCAGCCACAAUCUCAGCCAUUACCCACAGGGCAAGUACCUCCUCUUGCUCAGAUUCAACCUCAGGUGCAGUUUCAAACCCAAACAAAAACCUUGCCCCAGGUUCAGGCUUCAACCCAGGCCCAGAUCCAACCGAGGGUCCAACCUCAGUACCACCACCAGGUACAAGCUUCAUUCCAAACGCAACCACAAGCCCAACCUCAGGCUCAACAACAGCCUCAGGUCCAACUGCAACCUCAGGUUCAGUCCCAGCCUCAGGUUCAGUCUCAGGCCCAAACUCAGCUUCAGCAGCAGCCUCAUAUCCAAGCCCAACUCCAUCCACAGGUUCAGGUUCAGUUCCAGCAACAAAGCCAGAUUCAAACUCAGGCCUCUCAGCAGCCGCAGGUUCAUAUUCAGUCACAAAUUCAAGCUCAAGUCCAAACCCAACCCCAAUUUCAAGUUCAGUCAUCGCAACCAACCCAAGUCCCACAACAGCUUCAGGUUCAAGCCCAGUCCCAAGUCCAAGCAAAGCUCCAAGUCCAGUUCCAACCUCAGAAUCAAUCUCAAGUUCAAUCACAACCUCAGAUUCAGGUCCAAUCUCCAAUCAGGCAUCAACUCAUCACAGUUCCAGGUCUCCAGCAACCAGUCCAGCUGCUAUCAGCUCUGCCACCCCAUGUUGCAGCCCAGAUCCAAGCCCAGAUCCAGGCGCAGGCACAGCAACAGGGUGGCACAGUUCCCCAGCAGAUCAAACUGCAGCUGCCAAUCCAGAUCCAGCAAACCGGGGGACAAAUUCAGGCCCACCAGAUCCAGAACAUGGUGACUAUACAGGCACCAGCAAGUGUCCAGGAGCAGCUUCAAAGGAUGCAACAGCAGCAACAGCAGCAGCAGCAGCAACAACAACAACAACAGCAACUACAACAACAGCAACUCCAACAAACACCAAAGAAGAAAAAACACCAUGAGACUAAAAGGGAACAGAAGGAGCAGAAUGUACAGGUGGUCAGCCCUGGAGAUGGCAUCCAAAAGCAGGUGGUAGUGAAGCAGAACGCAACAGCAGAACAGCUGAAACAGAGGAAGACCCUGGCUGCAGCUGAGCGAGAGGAGAACCAGAGAAUGAUCGUCUGCAACCAGGUGAUGAAAUUCAUCCUCGACAAGAUUGAGAAGGAUGAGAAGCAGGCAGCUAAGAAAAGAAAGAAGGAAGAGGUGGUGGAGCAGAAACGAUCCAAGCAGAAUGCAACCAAGCUCACUGCGCUCCUGUACAAGCACAAAGAACAUCUGAAGGCUGAAAUUCUUAAAAAGAGGGCCCUGUUGGACAAAGAGCUGCAGCUGCAAGUGCAGGAGGAGCUGAGGCGGGACAUAGCCAGGCUGCAGAGAGAAAAGGAGAAAGCUCGAGCUGCUAUUGCCCAGGCUGCUGCAGCAACAGUCAAGGCAGCCUCUUCCCAGUCUUCCCACUCCUCCCAUGUCUCUCACUCCGCACAUUCCUCUCAUAGCACGCACACAGCAACCUCACCGUCAUCAUCCCACAAGCGGAAGAGAGAAGAUGAGAGAGACAAAGACAGGAACAGGGAUAGAGACAGGCAUCACGACAAGAGUAAGAAACGGGACAGGGACAAGGACAGAGACCGAUACAAAGACAGAGAUAAAGACAAAGACCGGGAUCGAGAGAGGGAGAGGGAGAGAGACCGAGAUCGGGACAGACAUCGGGAAAGGGAGCGUGACAAGGACAGAGAUAGGGACAAAGACAAGGAAAGAGAUUCCAGCUCAUCAAAACACAAGAAGAAGAAGAAGAAGCUGUCUUCUACCUCAAAGGAUCACAAGAAGGACACCAAAUUGUACUGUAUCUGCAAAACGCCCUAUGACGAGUCAAAGUUUUACAUCGGGUGUGACUUGUGCUCCAACUGGUUCCACGGCGCCUGUGUUGGCAUCACGGAGAAGGAGGCCAAGAAGUUAGAAGACUUUGUGUGUAACGACUGUAAACGCGGUCAGGAGGGAGGAAGUAAUGAGGAGCUGUACUGCAUUUGCAGGACACCAUACGAUGAGUCACAGUUUUACAUAGGCUGUGAUCGCUGCCAGAACUGGUACCACGGCCGCUGUGUGGGCAUCCUGCAGAGCGAAGCCAAUCACAUCGACGUGUACGUGUGUCCGCAGUGUCAGUCGACAGAGGACGCCAUGACGGUCCUCACGCCGCUCACUGACAAAGACUAUGAAGGGUUGAAAAGAAUAUUACGCUCGUUACAGUCUCACAAAAUGGCGUGGCCUUUCCUGGAGCCAGUGGAUCCUCAUGACGCACCCGAUUAUUACCGCGUGAUCAAGGAGCCAAUGGACUUUUCCACGAUGGAAACCCGUUUGCAAAAGCGACAUUAUCACAAGCUCACAGAGUUUGUGGCAGACGUGACCAAAAUCUUCGACAACUGCCGCUACUACAACCCCAACGACACGCCCUUCUAUCAGUGCGCCGAGAUGCUCGAAGCCUUCUUUGUACAGAAGCUGAAAGGUUUCAAAGCGAGCAGAUUGUCAGAUUCUUAAGUGGGCCAGUCUAGCUGGAGUCUGGACUGGAUGCUGGGGUCUCUAGUAAUAAUGAUAUGAAAGGAAAACUAAAAGAAUAAAAAGAAAUGGCACAAGAACACACAAAAAAAAAACACCAAAUGUGCUUUCAUGUCAAUUUCACCAAUUGAAAGUUUUCUGGAACCAGUUGUGAUCAGGAUUUUCAGUGACAACACAAUGGCAGCCAUGUUGAUGCGUGUUAAUGAUGUAAUUGAGGGGCAUGCUGUCUUCACAUCCUAAACAUAGACUGUAAAUUAAAAAUGGAAGUAGACUCCAACUUCAACUUUAUAUCUGCAUUCUUUCUAAAGGCCAGCAGCUGAGUGACUUCUCCAGGUUACCAAAAAAAGGUCAGAUUGUAUAAAAAAACACUGAGUUUAUGGUUUCACUCACUAGUUUCAGGUUAUAUUGAAUGCAUUGUUAGUGUCAACGCUGACAAUAGUGAGGCAUGGUGACUACUUCCAUCUUUUAUACACAGUCUGUGAUCCCAAAUGAGGAUACUUGGCCUUUAUGAACAAUCAGUCACACUAACUAGGUUGUGUUCAGUAGGAUAUGCAUUUAAUUUCUCACUUGUAUUUAUUUCCGUUCUACACCCGAGUUGAAUUGGGAAUGUUAACUAAACUAUAUAAAGCUGCAUAUUUUAAUACAGAGAGAUAUUUAUAAGACGUUUUUGUAUGUUGCCUCCAUCCUUGAGUUUGAUUUUCCUGGCUGUUAAGGUGGUUGUCUUGAAUGUAAAUAUUUUUUUUUUUUUUAAAUCAUGUACAGCGAUUGUAAGAUAUGACUGUAUUUGACUGUUUUAAAUAAUUUUAGAUAGUAUUAUUUUAUGAGACUAAAAUGUACUUGGAGGAGUGAGGUGUUAGAGCUUCCCUUGUUCCUCACUUGACAAAGUAAACCUCAGUUUGUAGUUGUGGAAGUUUUCUUCACUAAUAAAAAGCAUUCCCAGUUAAUUACACCAACAUGGCUGCAGGAUCUCAUGCAGACCCCUUUGCAUCCUCUGUCUCUGUCUGAUCACUGUUGAGCAAUAAGCAAACUUGCGAAGGGCUCUCAACUUUCCCCUCUCUCCACAUUCUGUAGGUCUCAUAACAACAAGCUUCAGUCUUCUUCAGCCUCUUAGGAAACAUCGCACAUUGCGCAAAACAAAAAUGCACUUGCCAAGAAUAUGGCUUUUCUGAACUGUAACUCUGUGAUGGACUCGGCCUCACCCUGUGUUUGGGGUUUGCUCCUCUUGACUGCUGCAACAGGAGUAGGAGGGUGGGUGGGUGGUUGGGGGUGCUGGACAACCAGCACUUGCUGCUUUCACAGGAUUUAUUUUCCAGGCAGAGCUGCCCUCUGCUCACUUCAGCUGGGACCUGUUUUAUGGACCUGCUUUCAUCAGAGGAGCAAGAACAACUGAGGCAUUUCAGAAGAAAGUUUACCUCGGAGAAAAGACUCUUAUGAGCUCUCAUAUUUCCAUGUACUUUAUUUUAUUUUAUUUUUUUUUUGAUCUGAGUCUUUUUAUUUUUUUCUUACUUGGAUGAAUUAAAAAAAAAAAAAAGUCCCUCAGGCCAUUCCUGUGGUCAUCAUGUCCAAUGUAAUAGAAACUGAAUAAUGGCAUACAAAUGGUUAGGUUUUACUGAGCAACAUGUAUCGAGAGUUUUGUGUCCAAAUUCAUAUAUCACAGUGGAGCAAUGUUUUUCUCCCAUUUCCGCUCAUUGUUUAGUCUGAUGUGGCAUGAAAGACCGUUUAAGUACUAAUUAUCUGGCCAUCGGUUGUCUGCUUGGUUAAACUUCUAUAACCUACUGAAAGUAAUAAGCUAUUGUAAAUGAGUUGCUUUGAAGUAGUGACUGACAGAGAAGGUUGAUGUAUUUGAAGGUUCCUGCCCUGUUUGUAAAAGAAAAACCUCCAGAUUUUUUUGACUUGAUUUUUCUUUUCCUUUUUUUUGUAUUACAGCUGAAGAAAUAUUGAUGUAUAUGGAACUUAAUAAAACAGAAAAGAACGA